AUGAGGGUUAAUGAGAAUAAGGAGGAAUGGCAUCAAGGACCACGAAAAGGCUUGGGAGGCUUAUAA